GCCGGUAGCGAAACGUCCGCGCCGGAGUCUUCAUUACCAGCGGCCCCUUGGCGUUGUUCGGGUCCUCUGGGCUCGUCUGCCCCCCUCACCCGCCACACACCCACCGUGUAACCCACAAAGAUAAGGGGCCUUCCUCCGUAAGCACGAACGUCCAGGCCCGUUUUCUGAGGAACGCGCGCAGGGUGCCGCUAGGAGGAGGGUGUGCGCGCCGUCCGGGCGCAUUCGAGGGCGUCCUGCUGCGGGAAGUCUCGCGUGAUUAGCGCGGAGGUCUUGCGGUUUGGGGUUCUUGGUGGCGAGGCUGGUAAAAAUCAGGGUGACCCCAAGAAAAUGGCUUCUCCUCCAAAGGAGGUAGAAGAAGAUAGUGAAGAUGAGGAAAUGUCAGAUGAAGAAGAUGAAAGCAGUGGAGAAGAGAAAAAAGGCAAAAAGGCUACCACAACUCCAGGAAAGAAGGUGAUGGUUUCCCCAACAGAAAAGAUUGCAGUUGCCACAGCAGGCAAGAAAGCAGUUGUCACCCCUGGCAAAGAGGCAACAGCUAUACUGGCUCCUGGCAAAAAGGCAGCAGUUACACCAGCCAAAGCCAUAGCAACCCCUGGUAAGAAGGAAGCAGCCACCCCAGACAAGGGAGCAGGGAAUGCCAAGAAUGCCAAGAAGGAAGAUAGUGAUGAGGAAGAUGAUGGCAACAGUGAAGAGGAGGAUGAGGUUGAAUUUGAGCCAGCAGUGAUGAAAGCUACUGCUGCUGCCCCUUUCUUGGAUGAUGAUGAUGAUGAAGAUGGUAAGGUGUUCUAUUGGUAG